ACGCCCUCACACUACGGUGAGCUUCCAACAUUAGUGGUUUUCGCGCGCUUUUCGCGUUCACUUGCCUUUGUACGUUUUGGCUAGAACACAACGGUUGUACGUGCGAAUUUUAGUGCAUCGUUUUUUUUGCGCAAUCUUAUUUUGAAUUUGGUAAAUUUUGAUACAUUUUUAUUUUGAAUUUGGUAAAUUUUUAUAAUUGAUUCACGAAUGUUUGCCUCAAGAUGUCAAUUGUGUUUAUCUUUCUAAUUCUUAAUUUGAUUGGAACACUGAGAGCCCGCCAGCCGGACAUAGACAUCAACAGAAUACAACUUUUACCGAAAGAGGGGUUUCACAAUCGACCAGCAAAUUAUCACAGUCGUCGUUCCAUUAUAACAGAUCACAACAGAAGAAAUGAUUAUGACUAUUAUAGCAGCGGGCUCUCCAAGUUACGGCCGACGGUGCACUUUCGGUACGAUGCCUCGCCACUUACCGAAGAGAAGGCGGGUAAAGUGUACCAACCAAGAGAAGACCCGCGGCUCUUCUAUCAGUCUGAUGCAUAUAUUAAAGAAACUAAUAGGAAAAACUUAAACAAUCAAGUAUCCUCAAUAUACCUCGGACGGGGAGUAGUGCGCGCGGACGAAGUCAAUAAUAGAAGAUCGUUGCCAAUUCGUUUGCGAGAUAAUGAGCUGAACAGCAUCGAUGAAGAUUGCGUGCGUUGUCCUCCUGACAGGACCUUAAUUACCAAACCAGGUGUUGAUCGUGCUAUGCUACAAUACCCAAGAAUAUUGACUUGUUCGGGAAGAAAGGCCCCAAGACACGUUCGUUUCGUUCACAUGUACGGGCCUAAAUUCGGUUCUUUGCUAAAAGAGGGCUCACACAUGAUCGUCGGACGAAUCACGCAUAAAGACGAAAUUCUCCAAACAUGUAAAAUGCAGAUACACGUUCUGGUACAAUCUUGUUCCGUACCCAAGUAUUUAGUGCCUCAUUGUGAAUCCGAAAAUAAAGUGUGCAACUUUACAUGUCGUGAUCCUAAAGCGGAAUUACGAGGACAAAGGACACUAACAUGUGGUGACGACAUGAGGUGGUCGGGACAUUUGCCUGUCUGUAACCCUCGCACGUGGUGCCAGCCACCGCCGCCCCCGGAACACGGUCGUAUCAGUUGCAAAGGUAUGACGUCACCGAAUGGUUGGGGGCUCAAUGAUGGCGCCAUUUGCAGAGUAAGAUGUGCUCGCGGUUGGAAAUGGACUUCCCGGUCUAUGGCAGUGUGCAGACGUGGCUCUUGGACUUUCCACCUAGGAUGCUCACCCAGGCGUGCGAAAUAG